AUGGUAUCAAUUCAACACAAAUAUCGACUUGAUGCUACCUGCAGGUACACCCUCAUCCCAACCUCCUUCAUCCUGGGUUUGGGCGGAUCCCCUCUGUGGUCGGCUAAAUGCACCUACCUGACCAUCUCUGGGAAUGUGCAAGCCGCCAUCGACAAUAAGAAGGGUGUUAAUGUGAUCAACCACUACUUUGGGAUCUUCUACUUCAUCUUCCAGUCAUCUGCAGUUUGGGGAAACCUGAUGUCGUCGCUCAUCUUUGGGCAGGACACCAACAUCUCCGACAUUCCAGAGGACGUUCUAAGCACCUGUGGAGCAUUUGGCUGUGGAAUCACUAUCGAUACCAGCAGCAGCAACAGUACCUCCAGCAGACCUGCACAGAAGCUUGUGUGGACGCUUCUCGGGUGCUACAUUGGGGUUGGCGUUCUAGCGAUACUCAUCGUGUCGAUAUUUCUGGACAACAUCGACCACCAGCAGACCAGCCAGUUUCGGGGGAACCGGGAACCGUUCUGCCACACGUUCCUGGCCACGUUCAGGCUGCUGAAGGACUGGAGGAUCCUGACACUCAUCCCGCUUAGCAUUUACAACGGCUUCGAGCAGAGCUUCCUCUCCGGGGAGUACAACAAAAACUACGUAACUUGUGCUUUGGGGAUCCACUAUGUCGGUUUUGUGAUGAUGUGCUUCGGAGCGACUAAUUCGCUCUGCUCCUUCCUGUUUGGGAGAAUCGCUCGCUACACCGGAAGGGCCCCUCUCUACUUCUUUGCUGGGGCGACCAACUUGGCCUGCAUCAUCGCCCUCCUGUUCUGGAGGCCUCAUCCUGACCAGCUGCCUGUGUUUUUCGUUUUUCCCGCUCUGUGGGGUAUGGCGGACGCCAUCUGGCAAACUCAGACUAAUGCUCUUUAUGGCGUCCUCUUCCCGCGGGACAAGGAGGCCGCCUUCGCCAGCUACUGCAUGUGGGAGUCGCUUGGUUACGUCAUCGCCUUCGCCUACAGCACCUUCCUGUGCCUGGAGUAUAAAUUGUAUAUCAUGCUGGCUGUUCUGGUGAUUAGCAUGAUCACCUACCCCGUAGUGGAGUACUACGAGUACAAGAAUCCCACCCAGCCCAUUGAACAGGCCACCUAUGAGAAUCCUAAAAACAAAGCAGAGGAAGCGGGCAUCAUUAGUCAGACUUGGAUGUAGACGUGUUGCCAUUUUAUUGUUUCCUUCUUUGACUGCUAAUCCAGAACUCCUGCAACUGAAACUGAAAAAAAGUAAAAUGACUAUAAAAAGUAGAAAGCCUUUACUUUUUCUUAAAUAGACCUCUUCUUGUUGGUUUUCUGGACUUUUUUUGCACUGCUAAAACCAGAACAAAUGUCAGAAUAUAAAAUGUAACGUUAAGUUAAAAGCAGAAACUGACAUCACAAACUGAUUUUUAAUGUUUUUAAUCUUUAAAGGUGAAACAUUAUGCUCCCUUGAACAGGUUAGAAUAAGUCUAUGUAUGAGCAAACAGUCUGUAGCUCCCCCUGGGUUGCUAGGUAAUGGGCGGGGCUCUGCGCGGGUUGCUAGGUAAUGGGCUGGGCUCUGCGCAGGUUGCUAGGUAACCACGUAGUGCCAGUGAAAUGUGACUUGUUUUUGAAAUGUAUUUUUAAGACAUAAAAAGCAUCAACUUAUUGCAGAUUUUUAUUUUUCUUAAGCGUUUGUGGGUUUUCUUUUAGUGAUUUUGCACAAUGUGUCCCCUUUAAAUACAUUAAAUAAAAAUGUCUUAGUUAAAUUGAUAGAUAUUAUUGAAAUUUCAUUGUUAUCUCUGUAAAUGCAUCUGUUCCUACAUGUUUAUUUGUUGAAAUCUUCACUAAACAUUUGCUGAAUGUUGGAUUUUGCCUUUUUAUCGUACCUUUUUAUUUUUAACUAUCUGCUCAUAAAACCCAACAGCCUCCUUACAAUAAACUAUGUUUUUUACUCCACUGUAAAUGAAAUUAAAUGUAUACUGUUUAU